AUGGGAGACCGCAGAUUAAAAAUUAGAGAGAUAGCCGAGAUUAUAGGCAUCUCUUAUGAACGAAUUCAAAACAUCAUUGUCAACGAGUUGGGUUUCCACAAGGUGUCUGCGAGGUGGGUUCCGCGACUGCUUUCAGUUGAACAAAAAAGGACGCGAUUGACUAUUUCACGCGACUGUUUGGAGUUAUUUGAAGCCGAUGCAGAUGAUUUUUUGAAUCGUUUUGUUACUAUGGACGAAACAUGGGUUCAUUACUGUACACCGGAAACAAAACAACAAUCAAAACAGUGGAGAAGACCUGGUUCACCACCCCCUAAAAAGGCUAAGUCGAUUUUGUCGGCAAAUAAGGUGAUGGCUUCAGUAUUCUGGGACUCGAAAGGUGUGAUUAUGAUUGAUUAUCUUGAAAGGGGUUAG